AUGAUUAUCACUCAUAAUAAAAUUAAUACAUCAUCAUCAUCAUUAUCAUUAUCAUUAUCAUCAUCAUAUAGAAUUCAACAACAACAACAACAACAACAACAACAACAACAACCUACUAAACAAUACAAUAACAAACAUUCCUUCUUUACAUCUCUAUCAAAAGCUGCAACUCCUUUACUUUUACUUCUUGCUACAAUCACACCAGCCUCUGCUUUCGACUAUCAAUAUACUGGUUGUUAUUCUUCACUUUCAGGUUAUUCUUCUCAAGGUACAAACAUUUAUCAAGCUUCACUUUCAUGCUCAACAUCUUGUUCAGGUUAUACUUAUUUUGCCCUUUCUGAUGGAAAUGAAUGUUUAUGUGGUAACUCUGUACCUUCUGGGUCUGAAGGAACUUGUGAUUCUACUUGUGUAGGUUAUCCAAGUGAACCUUGUGGUGGUUCUUCAUCUUUCACAGUUUAUAAAUUGGUUUCAGAUAACAGUGGUUCCGGUGCUGUUACUGUUGGUUCUGUUCCAUCAAACUCAGAUUCAAGUGAUUCAUCAUCAUCAUCAUCUUCUUCUUCUUCUUCUUCUUCUUCUUCGUCUUCGUCUUCUUCUGCUUCCUCAUCAUCUUCUUCUUCGUCUUCUUCUUCGUCUUCAUCAUCUUCUUCCGAACUAUCUAUUGUCUCAACAUCCUCUUCUUCAGAAACACUCUCAACAACCCCUUCCAGCACCUCCAGUCUUGAUUCCAGCACAGGUACGUCUGCCUCUUCUAUUCUUCCAUAUUCUACUACUUCAUUCGCAUCUUUUUCUUCUUCUUCUUCUUCUUCUUCUUCUUUUUUGCUGUCUGAAUCGUCUAUUUUGACUACGUCAACAGCUGUAGCAUUUUCCUCAUCUACUUUAGACCCCCCUACUUCAUCUACUAACACUAUAGCAGCCACAACUUCCCAAAAGGUUACAUCUUCAUCAUCCCCCCUUACCUCCUCCUCUGCACAAACAUCCUCAAUCUCCCCUGUUGUUUCUAUCCAACCAACAACUAUUAUCUCAGUCAUUAAUGGCCAGUCUACAGUUAUUGUCACCGUCAGUCCUUCUGAAACCCCUCACCAAACUUCAGACUCUGCUGAAGCUUCUUCUUCUUCUUCUUCUUCCUCUUCAUCUCCAGCUGAAGCUUCUGCUUCUACUACACCCACCCACUCAAAAUCCAGCGGCAUUUCCGGCGGUGCCAUUGCAGGUAUUGUCAUUGGUGUUGUUUGUGGUGUGAUUAUUGUGCUUGCUGGCUUCUUCAUUAUGCGUCGUCGUUCUAAACGCUUUGACGGUGAUGGCCUGUCACGUGGAGCGUCUACUCGUCUUCGUGCAGACCCCUAUGCUACUCCAUCACUUAAGUCAUCUCAAUCGUUUAUCGGCGCUGGCGCCAACAAUGGACCUAAUGGUGGUGGUGGAGGAGGAGGAAACGGAGCUGGUAAUCGUCGGUACCCUGCAGUGGGAGGUUCUCCAGCAUCUGAUCCAUUUACUACGCGUAUUAUGGAUGAUAAACUUGCAUUUACGCCUGGUCCUACAGCUAAUGCUGUGGAUGAUUUUAUGGCAGUUGACCAACGUUUGAAUCCAGUCAUGUUGGGAGACCGACGGUUUUCUGAGGGAUCACUUGCAGAUGAUAGAGAUUACAGUCGUAAGAUUCUACGAGUUGCUAAUCCUUAA